AUGGGGUGCUGGGGUCGGAACCGGGGCCGGCUGCUCUGCAUGCUGUUACUGACCUUCAUGUUCAUGGUCCUGGAGGUGGUGGUGAGCCGGGUGACCACGUCCCUGGCGAUGCUCUCCGACUCCUUCCACAUGCUGUCGGACGUGCUGGCGCUGGUGGUGGCGCUGGUGGCCGAGCGCUUCGCCCGGCGGACCCACGCCACCCAGAAGAACACCUUCGGCUGGAUCCGGGCCGAGGUGAUGGGGGCUCUGGUGAACGCCAUCUUCCUGACCGGCCUCUGCUUCGCCAUCCUGCUGGAGGCCAUCGAGCGCUUCAUCGAGCCGCACGAGAUGCAGCAGCCGCUGGUGGUCUUCGGGGUCGGCGUGGCGGGGCUGGUGGUCAACGUGCUGGGGCUGUGUCUCUUUCACCACCACAGCGGCUUUGGCGACGACUCCAGCCACAGCCACUCUCAUGGGGGGCACAGCCACGGCCUCGCCAAGGGGGCCCGUAGCAAGAGCAGCCGCUCCGGGGGUAGCGACAACGCCGUGACCCCGGGCGAGCAGGGUCCCGACCAGGAGGAGACCAACAUCCUGGUGGCCAACAGCAGCAACUCCAACGGGCUGAAAUUGGACCAGACAGAUCCAGAAAAGUCCAGAAAUGAUGCAAUGGAAGUACAAGUGAAUGGGAAUCUUAUCAGAGAACCUGAAGAGGUGGAAUUGGAAGAGGAUGAAGAUAAGACUGGACAACUUAACAUGCGUGGAGUUUUUCUGCAUGUCUUUGGAGAUGCUUUGGGUUCAGUGAUUGUGGUAGUAAAUGCCUUAGUCUUUUACUUUAAUUGGAAAGGUUGUCCUGAAGGGGAGAUUUGUGUGAACCCGUGUAUACCUGACCCCUGCAAAGCAUUUGUAGAAUUAGUUAAUAGUACUCAGGCAACAGUUCAAGAGGCUGGUCCUUGCUGGGUACUAUAUUUAGAUCCAACUCUUUGUAUUGUAAUGGUUUGUAUACUUCUUUACACAACUUAUCCAUUGCUUAAGGAGUCUGCUCUUAUUCUUCUCCAAACUGUUCCUAAACAAAUUGAUAUCAAAAAUUUGAUAAAAGAACUUCGAAAUGUUGAAGGAGUUGAGGAAGUUCAUGAAUUACAUGUUUGGCAGCUUGCUGGAAGCAGAAUCAUUGCCACUGCUCACAUAAAAUGUGAAGACCCGACAUCAUACAUGCAGGUGGCUAAGAUCAUUAAAGACGUUUUCCAUAAUCACGGAAUUCACGCUACCACCAUUCAGCCUGAAUUUGCUAGUGUAGGCUCUAAGUCAAGUGUAGUCCCAUGUGAACUUGCCUGCAGAACUCAGUGUGCUUUGAAGCAAUGUUGUGGGACACGGCCACAAGCCCAGUCUGGAAAGGAUGCAGAAAAGGCCCCAUCAGUUAGCAUUUCUUGUUUAGAACUUAGUGACAAUCUAGAGAAGCAGCCCAAGAGGACUCAAGUUGAAAACAUCCCUGCUGUUGUGAUAGAGAUUAAAAAAAUGCCAAACAAACAACCUGAAUCAUCUUUGUGA